AUGGGGCAUUGGAGAGACCUCUUCAGCUCCGAACAUCGAGUUCGUCAGCGUCUACACGAAGAAAGACGGCGUUUGCUUCCGGCCUAUGCGGCCGAUCAAUCGGCCACCACUAGCUCUGCUAAAGAAGUGACCAAAGUUGCUCUCCGGCUGAAAUACCAGAUCGAACAGGUCAUUCCGUUUGAGAUCGAAGAAACAGCUAUCACCAAGCCUAACAGCCGAAUCAUCACACAUGAGGUGGUUCGGAGUGCUAGACAGGCGGGUGGUGACGAGUAUAGAGGAUGUGUGAUCUACUGUCUUCUCAUCUGCCUACGUUGGUUCAAGCUUCAGGCCGUGACGGAGCUUUGGGAUUCGGAUCUUCUCCUACGUCGAGCACUUGCAUGUGAGAUUAUUGCGAAACGGAUAAUAGAGUCUGAAGACGAUCAUGAAUUCCUCCUGCAAGAAGCCCUUCUAAAGCGAUACUCCAUCUUUUCAGAGGGUGAACCGACAACCCCUGCCAAUGUUAUCGAGCGGGCCGUGGAUCUUCAUGCUCUCACCGUCAUAGGCUCGUCUGGAUACCAAAAAUGUAUCAAGUAUCUUUGGCGCGGCUGGUUCUGUCAAGAAGAGGGUAACCCGACCAACUUCGUCCCCUACCAUCAGAAGGACAAUACGGAUUUCCGGGUCCAUUUCCAUCCUGAUAGAAUGAGGACUCCCCUAUACCAGAAUGCAUGCCAGAUACUGUUCUCAUUGAUAUAUCUCCUGCUGUACACUGCAGUCAUCAACACCGUCAAUCCGACCGGAAACCUGGAUUUUGUGGAGGGAGUCCUCUAUGCCAUGACACUGGCCUAUAUCUGUGAUGAGCUCGCGAAGCUCUGGAAGGUCGGUCGAGACUAUUUUGAAUUCUGGAACGCGUUCAACUCGACUCUAUAUACCAUUCUCGCGGUGUCGUUCUUUCUGCGUGUCGCAGCACUCGUACAUUCGAGCUCCGUCGAGGAUGAGCAGAGAAAGAGGCUCAAUGAGCUGAGCUACAGCUUUUUGGCCAUGGCUGGCCCAAUGUUCUGGAUGCGCAUGAUGCUUUACCUCGACACGUUCCGGUUCUUCGGUGCCAUGUUCGUUGUCUUGCGAGUUAUGAUGAAAGAGAGCUUGAUCUUUUUUGCUCUUCUCUUCGUCAUCCUUAUAGGGUUCUUCCAAGCAUUCUAUGGUAUGGCCCAGGCCGAUGACCAGCUCGCUCUUACCGGAGGCAUCGUGCAAGGCAUGGCGAACAGUAUCAUGCAAAGCCCAGAGUUCGGCGUCUUUGAGAAGUUGGCAUUUCCAUUCGGGCUGAUCCUUUACUACGUAUUCAAUUUUAUUGUCAUGAUCGUUUUGCUUAAUAUUCUGAUUGCACUCUACAACAGCGCUUACGAAGAUAUCUCUGGCAAUGCUGUUGACGAGUACAUGGCAAUCUUCUCGCUGAAGACAAUGCAAUUCGUUCGAGCACCAGACGAGAAUGUCUUUAUACCUCCAUUCAAUCUCCUCGAGAUCAUCUUUCUGGUCCUCCCCUUUGAGUGGUGGAUGCCGCGAAACUACUACGCGAGGCUGAACGAUGUCAUCAUGGGCAUCAUCUACUCACCACUCUUGCUUAUCACCGCAACCCUCGAGACUCGUGAAGCACGCCGGAUUCGGCUGAAUCGUCGCCGCGGCGAAGAGGAUGACGAUGAAAUCCAGGAGUGGGAGCAGGUUGCCGAAGAGGUUGACUUCGACGUCGACGACACCUGGAGACAGAUGGUACGGGAGAGCACCCCAGACGCAAAUGCCGAGAAUACAACACUGGAGAUCAUGCAGCUAAGGGAGAAGAUCACGGCUUUGACCGAGAUGGUUCAAUCAUUACUCGAAGAGAAGGCUGCAAGAAAGCACACAGAUCAGGAUCCACGUUGA